UCCUGCUUUUCAAGAUGGCGGCUGCGCAGACUGGCAGAACGGCUACUAUUCUGUCCUCAGUGUCCCUGCAGGUGCUCCUCUACCUGUCUGCUGUUUACUUCAUCUUCUACUUCCUGGCCACACUUGGACUGAUCAUUUACAAGAGCCUGGUUCUGAGCUACCCAGGGGAGAACAUUGUCCUGGAUCUGUGUCUGCUCUUCCUCCUGGCUGGACUGGAGGCUCUCAGGCUAUACUGGGGUGUGAGGGGUAACCUGCAGGAGAGCGAGUGGUGUACAGGGGUCAGUUUAGCCUUGACGUUGGCCACCGUUCUUCUUGGAGUCUACUUCUUGCAGUGGCAGGCCUAUGUCUUGCGUGCAGAUGUCAUCCUCGGUGCUUUGCUUCUGAGCCUUUAUGGACUUGGGGGCAUCCUGGGUCUCGUGGCUUUGGCCCGCUUUGUAAGCGCCUAUUCAUGACGGAGCCCACUUCCUCCCUUCCUCGGGGACUCAAUGACCACAUUCUGGUGAAUAUUCCUCUGUGGAGGCUGCAGGAAUCCCCAGAAUGUACCAGAAGGUCAUUGGUUCAUGGACUGGAUAGGAUUGCGAAAACUGGGCUAAAGCACUUCUGUCUACUUCUGCAGAAGAAAUAGGUGUAAAGAGGCCGCAUGGAGCUUCUGAAUAAGGCAGUGAAUAAGAGUAUUGCCUUUGAGUUUUCCAGGGUAAAUUGUGUUGUUUUUAUUUUCUGUAUGAGGUUUUGUAACAGUGAAAUGUACAUUAUUACUUUUGUGCCUUAGUUAUUUGUUUACACAGUGGUUCAGGUACAGUUUCUGAAUAUUUUUUUACGUAUAUAGGAAACUAAAUAUGAGUAGAGGUGUGGGGUAAAAGAGGUAAAAACAUUGUUGCUGGUGAACCUGUUACUGCCAGUGAUCUCCACUAGAGGGAAGAGCUACGAUACAUAUUGCUCCCAACACCUUUGUCUGUUUUUUUUUCUCUUUAUUUUAUUUUAAUAGCAUUCCAGUAAUUAUUUUUUUAAACAAAUCAUAAAACAGCUAUUUAAAUAUUGUAGCACGCUUAGUGGUUAUGACAAACAGUUAGUGGAACCCUGGCACACAGUGAGAGAUGUAGGCACCCCUACAAAGAAAUAUUGUUCAUGGGCUGAAGACCUCUUUUCUUCAAAGACCUACACCUUAAAUCAGCCUUCCCAGCCUGUAUUCUUCUCCUCUGGCUAACACACUCUCCCCGUGAUUCCCCACAAUGGUUGAAUGCUUAAUUCACAUUUUACCCACAAUUCAACGAUUUGAAAUAAACCCAUUUUCCUGCUCAAUUGUAACACUCCCCAGCGAAGCGGGCCGUUACGGUACUUACCAUUAGAGGCAGUGUUCAAUUCCUGGAACUCAAAAAAAGGUAAUGUAAGUUGGGAAAUGAUUUUCUGGAACAAGUGGUACACAAAAGGAUUUAAAGGUGUUGGUUGUCACUGUUGUAUAUGAAGAACGUGGGCUAAUAACCACACUUGGCUACUGUUUCUGUAAGGGGAAAUAUGUUUCAGAAGAAGGUAGUAGGUUCAGAAUAUGACAAUGUUUACAUUCAUCUGGUGCUUUAUCUCAAAUGGACUCAUGUGGUUUGUCUGUUUAGACAAGUGUGUAAUUUUUCCUGGAGUGAUUUGGGGUAAGUACUUUGGUCAAGGGUACUUUAUCAGGAGGUAGGAUUUGAACCUGGAUCCUUCAGGUCCAAGACUGCAGCAGUAAUCAGUAUGCUGUCUGCUGCCCCUUAUGCAGAUAAACAUUUCCAUAUGAAAGGUAAAAGUACGGAAAUUAAUUAAAUAAAAUGUAAAAGAUGGUAUUGGAUACAACAAGGAAAGACGCAAUACUUUUGAUAUACUCUGUGUAAAAAAAAUUGAGAUGUUAGACAUGCAGGACACUAUGUAGCAUCGUGGUUAGAUCUGCUGCUUUUGGAUCCACAGAUCAUAGGUUUCAA